AUGAAGUUAUUUGGAAUAGACCCUUACUGCUCAAACAGCCCCGCGGCUCUUUCUUGCAAUCCCCUGGCGCACUUCGAGGCCGAGCCCGACGAAGGUCCUUUUUACCUUUUUGCCUUUACGCAGCAGCAGCAGCAGCAACAGCAGCAGCAGCAGCAGCAGCAGCAACAGCAGCAGCAGCAGCAGCAACAACAGCAGCAGCAGCAGCAGCAGAAGCAACAGCAGCAACAGCAACAGCAGCAGCAGCAGCAGCAGCAGCAGUUCGAAACAGUAACGAAUUGCACUUUCGAACCAGAACUGUGA